AUGCCACUGAGCUUUACCAAUCUCCAUUUCACUCCCAUGAGGGACUUGGGUAACGGAGGAAAGUCAUUGCAGGCCGAAAUUACUCAACUUUCGGUCAAUGCCACGGGAAAUAGAGUUAUCAACACCAGAACUGACAAAACCAUUCGAGUAUGGAAAGCAUUACAGCUGGGAGCCUCGAGCCCGUCAGUUAUUGAAAACGCACACCGUGACAUACCUAGAAUCCUGUGGAAUACAAAUACAGACCUGUCAUUUGCCUCUGUGGGAAGAGACUCCUGGGUGAAAAUGUGGACAUGUUCAGGUCGAUUGGAACGAGAGAUCAAGGUACUGAAGCCUCAUGGCACUGCAGUAUUAGAGUUAGUGGAGUAUUCGACAGAUGGAAAGGUCUUGUGUGUAGUAGAUAUCGAUGGAACAGUGAUCCUUUAUGAUGUUGCAGACAACUACUCAAAAUUGGCACUGAUCAAAUUGUUGACCACGUCAAUGACAUCCAAUGGACAAAUAGAGGCCACGAUUACCUUUUUGCAGCAUUAG